AUGGCGACCCACCCCACUCUCGACAUGCCCAAGCACACCAAAUAUUUCCUGCGCACGCUCAAGACCUUCUUGCCGACUGCAUAUCAGAGCAAUGACAGUAAUCGCAUGUCUCUCGCCUUCUUCACCCUGUCCGGACUCGAUCUACUCGGGACCCUAGAACAAAACACGACAGAGGAGCAGCGGACAGACUACAUCGACUGGAUCUACUCCAACCAACACCCCAACGGUGGCUUCCGCGCUUUCCCUGGUGCCCAUUUUGGAGAUGCGAGGACAGAAGAGAACGAACACUGGGAUCCUGCAAACCUGCCAGCCACCUUCUUUGCCUUGUGUUCGCUGCUUAUCCUGAACGAUGAUCUGAGUAGAGUCAAGAGGAAGGAAUCACUACAAUGGCUCACAAGUCUACAACGACCUGAUGGCAGUUUUGGAGAGACACUCGUCAAGGGCAAAAUCAACGGUGGAACAGAUUCAAGAUUUGGAUACUGUGCGACCGGUGUACGCUACAUCCUACGAGGAACAUUCGAGGGAGAAGUAGAGGGCUGUCCAGACAUCGAGCUUGACAACUUUGUCACCUGUAUCCGAAGCGCAGAGACAUAUGACGGCGGCAUUUCAGACGCCCCAUACCACGAAGCCCACGCAGGCUUCACCUACUGCGCAAUUGGGGCCCUCAGCAACAUCGACCGCCUCCCUCCCAAAAUCUCCGCCGUUCCCUCCGCUCCAUCACCAAAAGCCUCCCUCACAAAUCCUCCCCUGCUCAUAAAAUGGCUCGUCUCUCGUCAAACAGCCACAAUAUGCGAAGAAGACGACCUAGAUACCUACGGCGACGAGACAGAUACGGCAGAAACCUGCCACGAUGCUCACAGUUUUGUCUUCCAAGAUGAGUUUGUGAGUGAGCAGGGAAAGAUGAACUAUGAGGGCAGACCGAGUGUAAACUUCAGUCUUGAUUGGACGGGUUUCAAUGGGAGGUGUAACAAAAUUGCCGAUACUUGUUAUGCUUUCUGGGUACAUGGCUCUUUAUCCAUACUCGGACAAUCACAAUUACCUCGGACGCAAUCUUUGAAACGAUGGCUUCUUGAACGAACAGUACAUCCACAACUCGGUGGCUUUGGCAAGAUAGCUGGAGAUCUUCCCGAUCUCUAUCAUUCAUAUCUCGGUCUUGCUGCUUUGAGUCUUCUCGGCGAGGAAAAGUUGAAACCAUUAGAUGCGAGUUUGUGUCUGAGUGUAGAGGCAAAAGAUAGACUAAAGAGCAUUUGGAAGAGAUGGGGGAUUGAACAAAGAGCCGAGUGA